CGUUUGACCCCUACCCGACUGAUGCAUCGCAUCCUAGUCCCCGCCAACCCCGCCGCUCCGAGCUGUCGGCACGAUCGAGCCCGACCCAGCUGGCAUUUUCAGCCCUCCUGUCGCUAAUUCACUUUGGUCUUAGGGCUUGGAGUUUCGCCUAAUGCCGGCCUUGGUCCCAUGGACUGGAUUAUCCUCCCCGAUGUGGGUCAAAUUGAGCCGCAUGCACACGGGAAGUUUCAUGGGCCAGCCAGCCACCUUGCGAACCAACCUCCAUUGCCGGGCCAAAACCUUCGUGGAAGUGAUCCGUGGAUGAUCAUGUCAUUACUGUACCUCUGGCGGGGUAACCUGCACAUGCAUCAAGAGUCGCUCCACGGCAACGUCUUUAGUGAACCUAGUGCCUUCAGAUACCUGUCGAGACAGAAAAGGAGCCCGAGCGCUUCAUCCAUGCUCACACAUCAGGGCCUGAUCCUACAAUAUCCGUAACAACAUCGUCCCAAUAUGGCCGUCAGGCCAGCUUUGGUUUCCAACAACAUUAUUGAGCAGGGCAUGUUCUCGGCCUGCCUGGUCCUUUCACUAUUCGCGGUCAACUUCUUUUCCUCCGUCUUCUCACUCAUCUUGCAAGUCCUUCUCCUUGUUACCCGCUUGCCCCUCAUCUUCAUUACCAUCGCCGCCUACGGGAUACUACUGCAAUGGUUCCCAAGUGGGUCCGUUGUUAAGAAGCUUGCUUUAUUCAUACUGAUGGGUAUCUCCGGCACGUGGUGGACGGACCUACAAAUCGAUGGCGUUAGACGUGGCUCGGUAGCCCAACAGCCAUCCUGGCGCCUGCCUCAAGGCGGCUCCGUCAUCGUGUCAUCGGCAACUUCUCCUAUCGACGCUGUGUACCUUGCUGCGGCCUUCGAUCCUAUCUUUACUACAUCUUGUCCUGGGACGCGCAAAGUGCGCCGGCUGGGUUUGCUUCAGGCAAUCCUACGGGGGUUUCGGCGAAUCGGGGAUAAUCCUCUUGGAGACGCUGCCCUUGGGGAGCUGGAGACCUUGCUUGUGGAACACCCAGCGCGAGUCAUUGUGGUGUUCCUGGACUGCCCAAAGACGAACAACAAGGGCCUAUUGCCCCGCUUAUCAAGCCUAGUCGCCGUUCCCCCUUCCACAAACGCCUUCCGAGUCAGCAUCCGGUACACGCCGCCGGACGUGACAACACCGGACCAUGGCGGGUGCCUGGCAAUCCUCUGGAAUGUGCUCUCCAGUCCUCUGCACCUUAUCCGAGUGCAUAUCGCCGACGACGUGAAUGUCCACACCGCUUUGUCACAGUCACACAAGACGAACAGCGAGCCUGCUAAUUUGUUCGUCUUCCAAGGCCCGGUUCUUCCGCAGGAGCUCCUGGACGAUCCUCUCGCGGUUGCCCUUGCCCUUGAGCACCGCAAUCUCUCGCUCGAGUCUCCCGAUGUGUUCCUUUGUCUUCGUCCGCCUAGCUCGUUGGACCUUCCUGUCGUUGGCUCUCUUGCGCUCCAGUUGCGGCGAAUUCACCUUGGUGACUCUCUUCGUGCCUUCUCAAUGGUUUAGCUACUUCUAUUGCUUCCACCCGAACCCGAUUCAUGCUCCUGGGCAAUCCUAGGGCCUAUAGACCGUGACUUGCCCUUACUAAGGUCGAGGCGCUGAGUAGACCCCAGAGACGAGGACUGAGCUCGAGUGGGAUGCUCGUAUCUGUGCGGAUGUCCCUCCUUUACCACGUACG